UGUGCUUAGCUCUGCCCCACCACACACCACAUUGAAUAACAGGACACUGAAAACUCAGGAGACGCCUCUUCAUCCAGCUGGUAACCCAUCCUUUUGCAGAGUCUCAUCUGACCCCAGCAGCAGCAGAAGAAAAAGAAGAAAAAGAAGAAGAAGAAGAAGAAGAAGAAGAAGAAGAAGAAGAGAAGAGGAAUAGGAAGCAAGAGAAGAAACUGAAUACAGGAUCACUAAAAGAAGCCCAGUGCUGGAUAACUAAAAUGAUCUCAUGGGUGGCCUUGGUAAUUUCUUACUGCUGUUUGGAUCUGAGUGGAGCUGCAGGACUUGAGAGGAUAGAAAAAUGUCGCACCAGAUGUUCUCAGGGCCUCCGCUGCAAAACCAAGCCAGAUUAUUUCUUUCGUCCUCCAUGUCAGAACCCUCCUGAUGGUCUCAACACCUCCUCCAUCUUCCACAACGUCAGCCUCUCCACAGUCAUGAGAUGUGAAGGGAGGCAGAAGUGCUCCCUACACCUUAGAGUCAACACUGCUUUACAACUUUCUGAGUCCUUCCUUGGUUUGUCCAUCUGCAUUGCCACAGAAGGGAUAAUGAGCAACUGCCAAAUCCUCAAGCCAUGGUCAAAAGUCAAAAGCCAUGGAAUGUCUGGACUUCAGGUGGAAGUUGAGAAUGAUUGCACGGAAAUUUUGCCCAGCCAACAUGUGAAAGUAACAGUGAAAACCCUGGAGGUCUACUGUGGCAUGAGCUGGACGGGAACCUACAUAGCUCCAGAUUGUAAAAGUGCGGAUUUGAAAAGGCAUGUCCCAGAAUGCAUCACUGGGAGGCUUUCAUACGACAUAAAGCCGCAAAGGAAGGAGCUGAGUGUUAGUGUGUCAGACAUGCUGGAAGACCACAACUACCACCUCCGUCUGUGCCUUAAGGAUUUCAUCUGCGUCGGCACGGGGGCAUAUGCACUGAUAAAGAAGGAGGAACCUGUGAAGAGCAUUACCUUCCCAUACUUGCGGCCUUUGCCCUGUCUCUGCAUAGAGGGAUGGUCAGCAGUGACUGAUGCCCCUAGGGUCCAAGUCUGCCCUUUCAAAGACCGUGUCGAGGAGCUAUUGUUUGGAAUAAACUUUGACCCACUGGAGGAGACGCUCUCAUGGGAGCCCGCCUGUCCAGUCACUGCUUCGGUCGGGUUGUGUCAGAGAAGAGAGGAUGGUGUCUGCGUUGAUCUGCCUCAUGCCUCACAGAAUGUGAGCAGAGCAAAGGUUACAUUUACUAAAGUGGAUCCACAUCCUCAACUGUGCAUGAAGUUCACUACAGCCUCUCAGUCCUGGACAAGGUGUCCAUUUGCUGAUGCAAGAUUCCAAGCAUUGGAGUUCACUGUGACGAGGCAUCGGGGUCAUGUAGACGUGAAGAUGUCUUCACGGAUCACUGCAAACUUUUCCAUCGGGCUGUGUGUCAAAUGGGAAGGCUCUACUGAGUGCAACAUCAACAAAACACACACGGUGCAUGUGGAAAAACUUAAGGCUGUUGACUUGAACCUGACAGGAGAAUUACACAACACUUGUCUACAGGUCAAGAGGUUGGACACAAAGUUUGCUGCCACAGUUACUCACUGUUUUGAGGACUACACCUCUGAGGACUUGACCUGGGUAAUUGUACCUGUCGGCAUGUGUCUCUCUGGCAUCAUAAUUGUCACUCUGAUACUCCACGUACUUUUAACCGUGUAUCAGAAGAGGAAACAAGAAAGAAGUGCAGGCUGUCCCUCUGAAAAGCAAACAGCUCCUGCUCACGAAUGUGUGGUCACUGCAUUACAAAUACAUGGUCCUAUCCUUGAUUCGCCUCCAUGUGGGAACACAGAGAAGGCCAACUUAAUCGCUCACUGACCAAAGAAAAGAACCCCAGUCAAAAGCAUUAUUGGAAGUUUAGAACAGUAAAGAUGUUACAAAAAACAAAAUAGUUCUGUGUUUAAUAUUGGUACAAACAAUUUAAAUGUUUUAUAUUUUGAUUGUAUAUGUGCUGGAUUGUAUGUUUUUUUUUUAUAGGUAUGGCUAUUUAUGUAUUUUGUGUUGCACUGUGUCUGCCUGUGUGGAAGUCCUGCGAUAAAGAGAACAUUUUGGUUGUUUUCUUGAGAUGUCAACUUAUUUAUCUCGUUUCACAAUAACAACAAUGGUUUUCCCAUGAUAACGAGUCAAUUUCUUGAGAUCUACCCCCACCCCCCACCCCCAAGACUGAAAUUAACUUAUUAUCACACGAAAACAACCAAAAUGUACGUUAUCACAGGAAAACGGAGUGAAUACAAAUGUAUAGGAUGCACGUCCUCUCAGGGCCUCCGUAUGCUUAGGUCAAACUUAAUGUGUGUUUUCUUAUUUAGUUACAACAUUCAUUUUUAAGCAGCUAAACAUUUAACUCCACAAACAAUUGAAUGAUAUUUUCAAUAAAAUCUGCAAAACAUGGA